AGUAGUGAAGUGACUUUGUUUCAAAACAUUACCUAAUCUAAAUUGAAAAUAUGGAAGAGGAAAUAUCUACUGGCAGUGACAACAUUGUUACAGAAUAUAAUACCUAUGAGGAUUUUCUGGACUCCCAGAUACUUUCAUCUGAUUUAUACUAUCUUGAGGAUCAAGAGCUAGCAAGACAGUUAGUGGAGCUUGGUUAUCGAGGAAGUGGGGAGGUUCUCAAGCGAGAUGAAUUUGAAGCCAGAAAGCAAGCAGCAGAAGCUAGCAGACUUUCAAAGCGUAGCCAGCAAAAAAAACUGGCCAGUGAUGACAAAGACAUUAAGGAACCACUUCUAUUGGCAUUAGCUGCACGAGAAGCAGGAAACAGAAAUAGAAAGAUGACAUCAAUUAUUUUUAUAAGAGAUCGCAACUCUAGAGGCCAAGAGAUCUCAGGGUACAUUGAUUAUGCAUACAGACUAAAAACUGAAGAUUUUGAACCUUACUUUAGUGGAAAGAAGAGGCUUCUUCCCCGACCAUCAGAUUUAAGUUUCUACAACUGGGAGACUGCAACCUCCACUUCAAACCCAACACCCAACUACCAAGUCAUCGCUGAGAAUGCAUCAGGGCUGCUGUUCAAAAACAAAAGAGACAGGAAGAUUAUCAGUGUUGACCCUAAGGCUCCAAAUCCUGGAGAUAAUUCAGAGCGCCACAUCAUCAGUACGAACAAGUACAUCCAAGUUGUCAUCUAUUACCACAUCAACCGCAGGAAAACGUAACGUUCCCUUACUUUGAUUAUGUCAACGUAACUUCCACUUAUUGCACAUUGUAUAUGUUGAUGUCAAGUUUUAUAAAACAAAACUGUACCAAUGGUUAAUUUUUUUCUUCACUGUCAAUAUGAUCUAAUUACAACUGCAGUGCAAUUUAAUUUUUGUUUUAAAUAUAGCUGCACCUAUGUUAAGUAAUACUGAGUAAUGUUAAUACAACACAUUCAAAUGUAAACAUAGGCAGCUUGUGAUUUAAAUUAUUUAAACAGUAGACAAACUUUAUCAAUACUAAAACUAAGGGAUUAUAAUGUGUUGAUUUUUGUAAUGGUUUUUAUAAUAGCUUUUUUUUUUCUUUCCAAGAAUUUUACAUACAUUUAAACUUUUUAAACUUAAACUUGCUCCCCAAAUUUA